CACCCUUUUCUGCGGCGGUGACGUCAAUGGCCGGGUAGUGACGCAGAGGAAGAGGCGGGGCGCCGGGAGCGGAGCAGGAAGAGGUCCCGCCUGGACGCGCGGCGCUAGAGACCCGACGCCAUGGGCGAGCGCAAGGGGGUGAACAAGUACUACCCGCCCGACUUCGACCCGGCCAAGCAUGGCUCCCUCAACAAGUACCACCACAGCCACCCGCUGCGGGAGAGGGCCCGCAAGCUCUCCCAGGGCAUCCUCGUCAUCAGGUUCGAGAUGCCGUACAACAUCUGGUGCGACGGCUGCAAGAACCACAUCGGCAUGGGCGUCCGGUACAACGCGGAGAAGAAGAAGGUCGGCACCUACUACACGACGCCCAUCUACAGGUUCCGCAUGAAAUGUCACCUGUGCGUCAACUACAUCGAGAUGCAGACGGACCCGGCGGGCUGCGACUACGUCAUCGUCAGCGGGGCCCGGCGCAAGGAGGAGCGCUGGGACAUGCGGGACAACGAGCAGGUCCUGCCCACCGAGCGCGAGGACAAGGCGAAGCUGGAGACGGACGCCAUGUACCGGCUGGAGCACGGCGUCGCCGACCGGGCCGCGCUGCAGCGCGCCGUGCCCACGCUCGCCAGUCUCCAGGAGGCCCAGAGCGCCUGGAAGGACGACUUCGGCCUCAACAGCAUGCUGCGGAGGCGCUUCCGGGAGGAGAAGAAGACGCUGCGGGAGGAGGAGGAGGAGGCCGCGGCGCUGCAGGCGAAGGCCGGCCUGAGCAUCCCGCUGGUGCGGGAGGCCGAGGAGGACCGGCGCCUGGCCGCCCUGCUCAAGUACCGCAGCCCCGACUCCUACGAGGACAAGCAGAGGAUGAAGCGCACGGAGAUCUCCAGCCGCUCGUGGUUCCCCCCGGCGCCGGCGGCGAGCGGCAGGGCUGGCGACGCGCUGCGCAAGCUGGGCCGGGGGGGCCGAGCGCGGGCGGCCCCGGGCCCCCCCUCCGCCGCCUCCGCCUGCCUGGGCAUCGUCCGGCGCCGCGCCGGAGACGGCGCCGAGGGCCCGGCGGAGCCCGUGGUGCCGACGCCGAGCGGCCUCGCCGAGCCCGGGGGGGCGGCCCCCCAGCGCGGCUCCCCCCCCGGCCCCGCUCCCGCCGCCCCCGGCCUCAACGCUUCCCUCGUCGCCGACUACUCGGACUCGGACUCAGACUCGGAGGGCGCCUGAGCGGGGCCGGUCCCCGCGUCCUGCCCCUCCGCGUCCUGCCGCUCCGGGCUGGUCCCGGCCUCGCGCUGCCCCGGUGAUUUAUCCCGCGCCUCUGUACGUAUUAAACGGACUCUGCAGCACCGGGAAA